AGAACAACAUUGCUCAUAUUAUCCAUCGUUCAACUUUUUUUGACUGCCACCACCUUGCACAAUGCCAGCUACCAGACGCACAAAGGGGCUUGACGCAUUCCAACCUGCUGACACUCUCGAUCCUCGCACGGCUCACACGAUGCAAGAUAUCGCUGCUCUUCGCAAAAGUAAUUUGACAUUGAAAACAGCACGACAAUAUGCAACCAAAAAUAAGCAAUGGUAUGCGUACUGUGCCCACAUGAAUUUUCUUACAAAAGAUACUGUAACUCCGGCAAACGCAGCGUCGUAUCUGUACAAUUGGGUACUUAAACUUCCUCCUGACCAUCACCGUAAGAAGCAGGCGCACAUCCUUGUAAGAGAAGCCCAAGGUGGGCAAGUGCCACAAACUGUGCGGGGUCAGGAGCAAGGUCAGACGGCACUGUUUAUUGAGGAAGACGAGGAAGUCGACGAUUCAAUGCUUGCAGGUAUUGAUGAGCCUGCCGACCCAGACACCGUUCAGGACGAGCGCCAGAUGCUUCUGAAUGGUGUCAAUGACUUGCCGGAUUUUAAGGAAUUGCGUGAGAGUCUUGGAUAUCAUGGUGCAGACUCGAGUCUUGAGCAUCUGCUGCAGUGCAACCAAUCUCUUGCUUCUGUCAGGCUCUAUUUGGCUGCUCUUGUCGACCUUUGGGAGACCCAAAGGCAGGCGGGAAUGAACGCCUUUCCCUCGCCGCGCACGAAAGCAACCAACUCUAUCCUCAACGCUCUACGUCGUGUACGCAACGAACAAAGUAUCCUUCGUUGUGAUGAUAAAGGUGACGAUCUGUUCUACGAUGGGAUAGCGACGACCGAGAACAUGAAAAAGUUGUUUCUCCAUUAUCUGCAUCGGGACAGCGUCGAAGGUCUGCGCGAUCUCGCUGCGCAAGCCGUCGGCAUCCAUGGACUUUUACGUGCGGAUGAUCAGCUAAGGAUUACCCUAUCGUCCAUGUCCCUCAGACUCUUCGAGGAUGAGGGACCCACACCUUGUCGUGGUGUCGUUUUCGCCAUAAGAGAGGGGAAGACGACACAUGACGGUCAGAUCCAGUACUCAACUCUGUUGAGGAACAAGGAUGUGACCCGGUGCCCCGUCUCUUUCCUUGUUCUGUAUCUGUUUGCCCGGUUCCAUUUCAGUGAAGAGCCCUUUAUUAACUCAGAUGUCUCUUUUCCCUCUUUAAAAAAUCGCCAGGACUGGUAUCACAUCCCACUCUUUGUGUCCCGCCAAUCCAACGCAGUUACGCGUCUGAAAUAUGACGCUUUGAACAAGAGUGUGCGAAAAGCACUUCAAAGCUGCAACAUCCAUUGUAGAGCGUCCACUCACACGUCUCGCAAAUGGGGAGCCCAGCUUGCCGAAGAUGGCGGCGCGCCUGAAGAAGAUAUCAUGAGGCAAGGAAGAUGGUGUACAAAGGUGAUGGAAACUGUCUACCUCAGUAAAUUCCCUCUCAAAGCAUUGAGAGCCCUUGCAGGGUUCCCAAAAAAGAAAGGUUCUUAUUACCUUCCUCGCGACAUGGAAGUGCCUCAGGAGCUUAUCGAGAGCGUCUUCCCAUGGGUUGAUGCUGCUGAGGCUGAGCUCUUCGACCCCGAUCGCUUCCAAGGCGACAAAGCUGGUCGAGCAUUCAUCAAACUCAUGGACUGGUUUCGCUCGGUAUUAAUCCAAGAUGCUCCCUUUAUUCGCCAGCUCGAACCUGACCUCUUUGUCUGGAAACACCCUGUCUUCUCCACACCCACUUUCCUUGCCUUUGAAGCAAGGGCGCUAGCCGAAGCGCAAAGCGCGGAAGCACGCAUGAGCGAGGAUGCAAGGCAACUUAUCCCUGAACUUUCCGAUUAUCUCUCUACCAACUUCACUGCCUUGUUUAAGGCCACAUAUAACAUCGACACCACGUUAACAGGACUAGCUGCGUCCGUUGCCAGCAAUUCCCAACUUAUACAGGAAGAGCGGCGUGCUGAGAAAUAUGAUGCACUGUUGAAUGGUAUUGGAGAUGCAUUCCAUGCAAUGGCUCGCCGCCAACACAGCGGCAGCAUUUCAUCUCGAUCAAAUGUCAACGCCCAAGAGAGCCAAACGACCAGUGUACUUGAAGGUCAACACCAUGGGGGGUUUAACCCAUCCGCUUCUUCCAACUCCGUCGCUUCUCAGCCCAACUCCGCUAGCGACUCUGGUGACCUAGUUCAACUCGAAGCAUUGGUCUACAAGAUGGAUCGCGAGGUAGGAGAUGUACUAGAAUUAUGGGAUGAGUACAUCGUUGGAAGGAAUGGUCGAUUACCUGUCAGGGAAAUGAGUCAACGAAACGAGUUUAAAAAGAACGAAGCCGAAAAAAAGAUGUUCAAUCGGAGAAAACCUAUCUAUGAGGCCAUCAGAGACCUAGCUCGGGGGAUGAACAUGGGUGAGAGGGAAGCUGCGGGGUUAAUUGAGGAGUAUAGGAUUAAAAACUCGAUGGGGCUAAACAAGCUGAGCAAUGUCGUCAAGGAAGUUGUCAAGAACAUGAUUGUGCAUCAGUCUUAUCGAUAUCGAACGUUGUAACUGUUUUAAAUUGUAACCAUAUGAUAGUUGUACUUACGUUCAUGCAC